UGUUUGAUUUUAAGACGAACUAUUCUAUGUAAAUAAUUAAAUUUUACUUUAUUUCACUUUCACAAGAUUCAACGUCACCAAUUGUUCAAGUUUGGUCACUUCACGCUCUAACCUUAAUCGCAGACUCUGGUGGUCCAAUGUUCCGUACAUAUAUUGAACCAACAUUAACCCAUUCAAUUAAAUUGUUAAUCCAAGUUCCAUAUCACCAUUGUGAUGUUCAUCAAUGUAUUGGUAAACUACUUUCCGCUGUGAUAACCACCGUGGGACCUGAACUCCAAAGUGACACACCAGCACUCGCUGUAACCCGGUCUUCCCUCCUUGUCUCUUGUGGUGUCAUGCAAGAGCAUUCCGACCCGUUGGCUCAAUCCCAGGCUAUCGGGUGUCUCCAGCAACUUCAUAUGUUUGCACCAAGACAUGUUAAUCUAUCAUCUUUGGUUCCGAUGUUGUGUUCAGUGUUAAAUAGUCCCCACUUAUUUUUACGUCGAUCAGCAAUCGCAUGUCUCCAUCAGCUGAUCCAACGGGAAGCUAAACAAGUUUGCAGUCACGCCGCUGAUUGGUUAAAAGACUUGAAGAAUUCUGAUUUUAAACAAAAUUCCAAUGGAAUCAAUCAUCUCCACAGUGAACACGGAUUACCUGGUAUACUUUUCUACCUGAUGGAUCAUGAAAAUGAUACAAAAAUAUUAUCCGAUAUUCAGAAAAUAAUAACUUCUCUGGUUCAAUCAAUUGCUACGGAAAAUUUGCAAACUUGGAUUGCCCUUUGUAAGGAAGUUCUUUGUGCUGCUGAUCCAAGUUCAAGCUUAUCGACACCUGAGAAAGAUUUCGAGGGUGAUGGGGAUUUCGACGAUGCCGAAUCAAAGUUUAAGGCGAGAGAUGAUAAUCCAAAUCAGGCAAUGAGUCCACCUAAAUGGCGAACCCGAGUUUUUGCUACACAAACACUUUGUCGAAUCAUUCAAACCUGUGAGAAUAGUCGAGAUGCAAAGGCUCAUUUUGAUUUGAUUACCGUUCGAGAAAAGAAAUCAAGUGGCCAUGAGAAAGAUGCUUUUCUAGUUCAUCAUCUUUCUGAUCUCAUUCGAAUGUCUUUUAUGGCGGCAACAUCAGAUUCUGAUCAACUUCGUCUUGAAGGUCUACAAGCUCUCCAAUUGGUUAUCGAUAAAUUUGCCAAAGUUCCUGAACCUGAAUUCCCACAACACGUUAUUCUGGAACAAUAUCAAGCACAAGUUGGAGCCGCUCUUCGUCCCGCUUUCUCGCCCGACACCCCUUCCCAUGUCACUGCAAUGGCCUGUCAAGUUUGUAGUACUUGGAUUGGAUUUUUUUUGCUAAUUUAUCAAUUUGUAAACACAAUUCUGUCAAUCGAUUAGAAUAUUUUAAUAAAUUUUAUGCUCAUGAAUGAAAUGAA